AAAAAUGUGGAUUAGGGCUUCUUUCUUCUCUCUCUCUCUCUCUCUCUCUGCUCGGCUGCUGAAAGAAGUUUGUAGUUUUUGAUUAUUGUUCAUCAGCGCCGCCGAGAGAAGAGAGAGAGCUAAGAAGCUAUGACGACGAUUGUUCCCACUUCCGAAGAAGAUCCUUUUCUCGCCGUCGUCCAGUUUACUUCCCAGCUCGCCUGGGCUGAUGCUGGUCCCGAGGCUGCGGAGCCAGAGAUUAGCAGGCUAUGUAGAGAGGCUGAGGAGUCGAUAGUAGCAGGAAAGUGGUUGGAGUUGGCUUCGUUGAUGGUUACUUCAGCUGAAUUGGUUUCUUCCAAAAUGUCUGAGAAAGAUCUUGAGUGUACCUACACCAUCAUUUGCAGCCUUGUUAAGAACGCGAAUAGCCCUGAAGAUGUCCUUGAAAUGGUGAACGCUAUCUCUUCUAAGGUUGUUCAACAGCCGAAUGACAAAGCUUCUCUUCGUUUGAAGAUCCUCUUCAAUCUUUAUAACCUUCUGGACCACCCGUAUGCUCGUUUUCCAAGUGUACAUGAAGUCUCUUACGCUGGCUGUUGA